AUGCUGCGUUCAUUGCGCGCUGGAGCCACCCUGAGUCUCUUCGCGGCCUUUCCCGAGCGAGUGGGAGGUAAAUGUCGGAGCCAUGUCGGAGAUGCCGAGUUCGCGUCCUUCGCCCUCUGCUGCCAAGCUCAGAAGCCUGCCUCUUCGGUAAAGGCAGACCUAUGUGGAGGCAGCUGGGACUGUGACGGCCUGCUUCAGUGUCAGAUGGAAGAGCUUGCUUCUGCACCUUCCCUGCUUCAGGAUCGCACUCCAGGCGUCGCGGAGAUGCGAAUGUACUUUGAGCACCUCAUGGGCAUUUACCUGACGGGGGAGAUUCCCGACCCAGUCUUUCUGGAUAUCGAGCACGUCAUUCCAAGCAUCUUCCUGGCCUUAGCCAUGACGAUGCCGCCUGGGUCUCCUGACGUGCAGGUCUUGGAUGUGGGAGCCUACGCAGGCAGGGGUGGUAAAACAGGCAGGGGAUAUGGAAGGGUCAAAGUAUAG